AUGAACGUCUAUGUGCGGCAGCUGGCCCGGUCCCUGGGCAAUAUUGGUGUGCCCGUGGACGUCUUUACCCGCGAAUACCGUGAAGACGCCGGCUGCGCGGAUAUGGCGGAGAUGAUAGAAGACAUCUCCGGCAAUGUGCGGGUUAUCCACCUGCCCGCCGGUGCGCCCGACGCCCCUAUGGACUCCUUUUUCGGCUUGCUGCCCGAAUUCCUGGAGAAAAUGCAGGCCUUCACCCGCCGCAACGGGAUCACCUACCGGGCGGUCCAUACCCACUACUGGCUUUCUGGCUGGUUGGGGCAGGCCUUCAGCCGCUGGCUGGAUAUUCCCCACGUCAUCACCUUCCACACCCUGUCCCGCAUCAAGAUGCAGUCCCGGCCCGGUGAACGGGAACCCAUGCAGCGGCAGGAAGUGGAGGAACAACUGAUCGCCUCCGCCGAUCGCAUCAUUGCCUUCAGUCCCCACGAGCGGGAUGCCAUGGCGCGUCUCUACGGAGCGGACGCCAACCGCAUCCAACUCGCCCCCUGUGGCGUUGACCUGGGCACUUUCCGGCCCCUGGACCGCGAAGAAUCCCGCAAGCAGCUGGGCCUGAACGGGGACAAGGUUCUCCUGUACGUGGGCCGCAUCGAGUCCCUCAAAGGCGUGGAACUGCUGGUACGCACCACCGCCCAACUGGACACCUGCGAACCGGUGCGCGUACUGGUGGUGGGCGACGACAACGGGCAGGACCGCGAGGUGGAUCGCCUCCGGGAACUGGCCGACACGCUCGAUGUGGGUGAAUCUAUAGACUUCGUGGGUCGGGUCCCUCAGGAUGAGCUUCCGGUCUAUUACAGCGCUGCCGACGUAUGUGUCGUUCCUUCCUUUUAUGAAAGUUUCGGCCUUGCCGCCCUGGAAUCCAUGGCGUGCGGCACUCCGGUGGUUGCCUCCCGCGUUGGCGGCCUUUCCACCGUAGUCCAGCAUGGCAGCACCGGCUACCUCAAGUCCUGGCGUUGUCCCGAAGCUUUCGCCAAUUCCCUUGAGAUGCUAAUAUCAAGCAAAAGCCUGCAGCACAGCAUGGGUUUGGCCGCCCGCCGCCGGGCCGAGGAUAUGAGCUGGGACAAGGUGGCCGAACAGAUAGCUGGAGUUUAUGAGACUCUGGCAAAAGAAAGGUCUGCUUCCGGCACGACCUGA